GCAGACUUGAGAGUGCGCUCGCCGCUGGAGGAAGUGACACCGCGAACCUGGUAAAACUGGUGACGCUGGUGACUCGGGACACACUGGGAGCUCUGGGCUCUGUCAGGUUCCUCACCGUUUACAGUAAAGGAGGAUGUCACAGUGGUACCAACUACAGCAGCUGGACUCCAAGUACCUGGAGCAACUGGACCAGCUGUACGAUGACACGUUCCCCAUGGAGAUCCGCCAGUACCUGAGCCAGUGGAUAGAGAGCCACGACUGGGAGUUUGUGUCUGGCAAUGUCUCCCUGGCAACGGUGCGGUUCCAUGACCUGCUGGCCCAACUGGACGACCAGUACAGUCGCUUUGCGCUGGAGAACAACUUCUUGCUGCAGCACAACAUCCGAAAAAUCAAGCGGAACCUACAGGACCACUUCCAGGAGGACCCUGUGCACAUGGCCAUGAUCAUCUGUAGAUACCUGAAGGAGGAGAAGAAGAUUCUGGCAUUGGCCAAGAACACAGAGGAAGCUGUGGGAAACACCCUGAACAGCGUGGUGGUCGAGAAGCAGAAGGAGAUGGAUAACAAAGUUAAAUACAUUAAGAACAAAGUUCAGGAAACAGAGCAGAAGAUAAAAUCACUCGAGGACUUGCAAGAUGAACACGACUUCAAGCACAAGACGCUGCAGAGCAGAGCAGAGCAUGAUCUCAACAUGACGAACCAGAGGGAGAUCAGGCAUGAGGAGAUGGUCAUCCGAGAGAUGUUCCUCAAGCUAAGUGUGAAGCGUGAGGAAGUGGUGCGCCAGAUGGCAGAAGUGCUCAACCUGGCCGAGCAGAUCCAGUACGACCUGAUCAAGGACAAGCUUCCCGAGUGGAAGCGGAGGCAGCAGUUUGCCUGCAUUGGCGGCCCACCCAAUGCCUGCCUGGACCAGCUGCAGACAUGGUUCACCGCGGUGGCCGAGAGCCUGCAGCAGGUUCGGCAGCAGUUGAAGAAGCUCCAGGAACUGGAGCAGAAGUACACGUAUGAGAACGACCCCAUCACCCAGAAGAAGAGCUUCUUGGAGGAUCGUGCCAUCUCACUCUUUAAGAACCUCAUCGUCAACUCCUUGGUGGUAGAGAGACAGCCUUGCAUGCCCACAAACCCUCAGAGACCUCUGGUGUUGAAGACCGGAGUGCAGUUCACCGUCAAGCUCAGGCUCCUGGUCAAGCUGCAGGAACUGAACUACCAGCUCAGAGUCAAGGCUUCCAUUGACAAGGAUGUAACGGAGAAGAACACAGUGAAAGGCUUCCGCAAGUUCAACAUGCUUGGCACCAACACCAAAGUGAUGAACAUGGAGGAGUCCAACGGCAGUUUGGCAGCAGAGUUCCGUCAUUUGCAACUGAAAGACUGUAAGGCAGCCGGGAUCAGGACUAAUGAGGGACCACUCAUCGUGACGGAAGAGCUCCACUCCAUCAGUUUCGAGACCAGGUUGUGUCAGCCGGGCCUCACCGUUGACCUAGAGAUAACCUCCCUUCCGGUGGUGGUGAUCUCCAAUGUGAGCCAGAUGCCCAGCGGAUGGGCCUCCAUCCUGUGGUACAACAUGCUAAACACUGAUACCAAGAAUCUCUCGUUCUUCCUGAACCCCCCUCCAGUGUGCUGGAGCCAGCUGUCCGAGGUCCUCAGUUGGCAGUUCUCCUCCAUCACCAAGCGGGGCCUCAACUCUGAGCAGCUGAGCAUGCUGGGAGACAAGCUGCUGGGUCGAGAGGCUGCUGGGAAUCCCGAUGGCCUUAUCCCCUGGACCAAGUUUUGCAAGAACCUCAAUGAGAAGAACUUCCCUUUCUGGCUGUGGAUGGAAGGCAUCCUGGAACUCAUCAAGAAGCAUCUGCUACAGCUGUGGAAUGAUGGGUUCAUCAUGGGCUUCGUGAGCAAGGAGCGCGAGCGGAUGCUGCUGAAGGACAAAGCCCCCGGCACCUUCCUGCUGCGCUUCAGCGAGAGCAGCCGCGAAGGCGCCAUCACCUUCACCUGGGUGGAGCGUUCCGUUAAUGACGAACCCCUGUUCCAUGCCGUGGAGCCCUACACGAAGAAGGAGCUCACCGUCGUCUCCUUCCCCGACAUCCUACGCAACUACAAAGUCAUGGCGGCCGAGAACAUUCCAGAAAACCCGCUGCGCUUCCUGUAUCCCGACAUCCCCAAGGACAGCGCCUUUGGGAACUACUACAGCAGGCCCCCGGACCCAUCAGAGCCCAUGGACACAGAGAGCGCCACUCAGAACGGCUAUUGGAGGACGGCGCUCAUCUCCGUCUCCGAAGUGCAUCCGUCACGCCUCCAGGAUGCCAUAAUGCCCCUGUGCCCGGAGGAUUUUGGCGCCCUGUCGCGGCUCAUCCACCCAACGGAUAUGGAUACUGCGAUGUCCACUGCAUUCCAGAGCUAAUCACCCACCUGGAGCAAAGCAACCGCUGGACCACCAGAGCUCCCCCCGCUGUACAAAAGGCAUAAAGAGUGCGGCUGAGCGCAUCGUCGUUUCCCAUCAGCCCUGUGUUGUUCUCCUUUUACCCAUGAUGUCUGCUCAUGUACUUAUGAAAGCAUUUUUAAAUUAGUUGCAUUUCACCCGCUUGUGCUCAUGACUAAACUUGUGUCCUGUUUACUA